AUGGCGCGCCUGCGCACGUGGCGCGGCGCCCUCCCGCUCCUCCUCCACCUCCUGCUUGCGCUGGCCCUCUGCUGCUGCGCGCGCGCCCUGGACGACGACCCCGACGACGAAUCGGACUCCAUCGCUCUCUCCAAAGCUGACAUCGAGGAGCUGGGUCUCAAGGACGACCCUCUGCGCCGCCAGGCCCGCGCAAAGCCCGGCCGCGACACCCUCACGGACACCCUCAAGAGCCUGAGCCUCACGGACAAGGAGCUGGCCGAGCUCAAGCACAUGGAGCGCGAGACCCUGCGAGACGUCCCGGACACCGCCGUCUUUCACGGCAGCGACGACAAACGCCCCGUCGAUGCCGCGCCCCCGCCGGGCAUGGUCGCCCCGCCGCGCGCGGAGAGGGACGUGCCCAGGCCUGACCAACCCGACGAACACGACGCUGCGAGGAAGAGGGCCGAGGCCGCUGAGGAGAAGGUCGCGGCUGUGCAGAAGGAGGUGCAGGAGAGCAAAAGGGAGGCAGAGGAGCGGAAGAAGGAGGCGGAUGCGCUCAAGGCGAAGGUCACGCUUCUGACGCGCACGCUGGAGGGCCAGAAGGAGGACGCGGAGGCCGCGCGCAUGGAGAUGGAGCAGUCGAGGGAUGCGUAUGAGCAGAAGCUAGAGGCGGAGCGCACAGAGUAUCACAACGAGAAGGAGGAGCUGAACUCGGCGAUCGAGGAGCGGAAGCGCGCGUUUGAUGAAUUGUAUGAGGAGAAGCAGGUGCUCGGGCAGAUCCUGGACGAGGAGCAGAAGACACUGCACGACCUACAGGAGAAGAUCCAGCACCCUGACCUCGGGCUGUGGAUCAGGCAGCGCGCGGAGAGGGCGGCCAUUCUGGUCGAGACGCCGGAAACGGACGCCAUGAAGUUCUACGCCAGGAAGUAUAUGGCGCCCAAGGUGACCAAGAUGAGGCACCGGCUCGCGCUGCUGGAGAAGCGCGUGGAGAAGAGCGUGGAUCAUCUGCUGCCGUCCCAGUAUGGCAGCGUCGUGGCGCUGAUGCUUUGUAUCGGGCUGAUCGGGUUUCCCGUGUUCGUGACGAUGUCGACAGUAGUGACGGUGACCAAGUCGGUGUCGCUGCGGCAAUACGUGCUACUAGGGAACGUGUUUCUGACGGCGUUUUCGAGCGGGCUUUGCAUCGCCGGGAUUCUGUUGCAGCAGGACCCGCUGCAGACGUUGUACGAGGCGUCGGAGAGCAUGUUUGUGAUUCUGCAGCUGGCCGCGGCGGUGGUGUUCCCUGUGUUCAUCGGUGUGAUCUUCUGUGCGGUGCUCAAGGCGCGCGAUCAGGAGGACCUUUUCGUGUUUGGUUGCGAGCUGGUGUUCUACAUACUGGUCGGGCUCAACUACCGGGCGCGCGUGUGGCGACCCGCCAUGCUCGGGAGGAACAUCGAGACGAGCCGGAUGAUGUACGUGGUGUACGUAAUCGACUUUUUGUCGAUGACGGCGCUGACGAUCUCGUCGGCAAAGGUGGGGCAGAGCAGGCUACCAAGCUUUGUAGGUGAUAGCUAUGUGGACGUGGAACGGGACUUGAGUGCCGGUGCGAAUAAGUCGGACGAGGCGGGUGGGGCUGGUCCGAGGUCAAGUCUGGGGGCACUGGGGAGUGGACUGAUGAAGGCGGCGAUCAGUGGUGAUCACUCAGCGGGUAAGGAGGAGUAGUGGAUGAGGGGGAGGGAGAGCUACGUAGGCAUGAGCAAUCGAAUGAAAGCAAUAAACCCUUUCUUGUACAAAAAA